AUGAGCUCCUGGUCAAACACCACGGACCCCUCGGGCACGGACGGCCACAGUGCCAGAGACCCACAGUCUGAGUGUGUUCUGGGCUACAUCCCCGUCAUCUACUACAGCGCCCUCCUGUGCGUGGGAGUACCAGUGAACAUCCUGACUGCAGUGGCUCUCUGGCGCUUGGCUCUGUGCAGUAAGAAGGUGUUGUAUGUGUACCUGCUGGCUCUGACGGGGGCGGACAUUUUGACGCAGCUCUUCAUCGUGUUUGUGGGCUUCCUGCUGGAGACGGCGGUGUUCCACAGGAAGGUUCCGGCCCUGCUGCUCCACUCCGUGAGCGUGCUGGAGUUCUCGGCCAAUCACGCGGCCGUGUGGACGGCCGUGCCGCUGACCGUGGACCGCUACGUGGCGCUGUGCCACCCGCUGCAGCACCGGCGAAUCAGCUACCCCAGCCGGGCGCGGCGCGUGGUGGGGGGCGUGUUCUCGCUGGCACUGCUCUCGGGCGUGCCCUUCUAUUGGUGGACGGACCUGUGGCGGGAGGGCGGGGUCCCCACGGCGACAGACGGGGCUCUGAUCUGGACCCAUGUGACCAUCAUCUACUUCCUGCCAUGCGCCAUCUUCCUGGUGCUGAACUCGCUGAUCGUGCUGCGUCUGAGGCGGGGGCGGGGCCAGAGCCCCAGCGCCCAGGCCCCGCGCCGGCUGGGGAAGACCACGGCCACACUGCUGGCGGUGACAUCAUCGUUCUGCGUGCUGUGGGCGCCGCGCACCGCCGUGGUCAUGUACCACCUGUACGGGGCGUCGGUGCGCAGCGACUGGAGGGUGCACCUGGCCUACGACCUGGCCAACAUGGUGGCCAUGCUCAACACUGCCGUCAACUUCUUCCUGUACUGCUUCACGAGCCCCGCCUUCCGGCAGAGCGUGCGUGCGGUGCUGUUGCUGCGAGGGGCGGAGCCUGCCAUCCGCCGACACGCCCACCACCAGGCCCCGCCCACUGCGGCUGGACGCGCCCCCUCCACCUCCUCGCUCUCCAGCGGGGCCAAGCCCGCCCCCACCCCUGAUUAA